UUCCUUAUCAAAUGAACAACUUUGAACACUGACAGCUCGACACCGUCCCAACUGUGUUGGCCCUUCUCAUCUCAUCUCACCUUCCCUCCUCUCCUACUACUUCUACUACUGUACACCACUGCCUUAUUUCUUCUUCUCAAACUUCAUUUAAAAAUAUUAACUAACAAAAGCCAUAGAACAAUUAGAGUUCAAAGCUUCAAGCUUUAAACAAUAUCUUUUUCUUCUUCUUACUAUAAGAAGAAGAAGAAGAGAAAAUCUUUAUCUGGGCAAGCUAGUUUUGGAGCUUUUAUGAUGUCAGGCUACGUGGGCAUUCUUGUUUCAGAUCCAUGGCUUCAAAACCAGUUCACCCAAGUUGAGCUUCGUAGCUUGAAAUCUCACUUCACUAGCAUGAGGAGAGAGAGUGGUAGGCUUACGGUUGGUGACUUGGCUUCGAGGACGUCGAGCCUGAAAGUUGUGGGAGAGAAUUUGACAGAGGAAGAGAGAGCUUCUCUUAUUCAAAAUUAUCACCAUAAUCUUGAUGAUGACGUUGAUUUUGAGUUCUUUCUCAGGGUGUAUUUGAAACUUAAUGGCCACGCUAGUGCUAUAACUGGCGGCAGUGCUGCUAAGAACUCGUCUGCAUUUCUCAAGGCUGCUACCACUACUUUGCUUCAUACGAUCAGUGAAUCCGAGAAGGCAUCUUAUGUUGCCCAUAUCAAUAACUAUCUAUCAGAAGAUGAGUUUAUAAAGAGAUAUCUUCCUCUUGAUCCUUCAACGAACGAUCUAUUCGAGAUCGUGAAGGAUGGAGUACUUUUAUGUAAGUUGAUCAAUGUGGCAGUUCCGGGAACAAUUGAUGAAAGGGCUAUCAACACUAAGAGAGUACUCAAUCCUUGGGAAAGAAAUGAGAAUCAUACACUCUGUCUCAACUCUGCCAAGGCUAUUGGAUGCACUGUGGUCAAUAUUGGGACUCAGGAUUUCAUUGAAGGAAGGCGUCAUCUAGUCCUUGGAGUGAUUUCCCAGAUAAUCAAGAUUCAAUUAUUGGCAGACCUCAACUUGAAGAAAACACCUCAAUUAGUAGAGUUGGUUGAUGAUAGUAAGGAUGUGGAAGAGUUAAUGAGUCUGCCACCAGAGAAGAUAUUGUUGAGGUGGAUGAAUUUUCAAUUGAAGAAAUCAGAAUACAGGAAAAUUGUCACGAACUUCUCCACUGAUGUCAAGGAUGCUGAGGCUUAUGCUCACCUCUUAAACGUUCUUGCACCUGAGCACAGUAAACCAUCUGCAUUGGCUGCAAAGGAUCCCUUUGAAAGAGCAAAGUUAGUUCUUGCACAUGCCGAUAGGAUGGGUUGCAGGAGAUACUUAACGGCUAAAGAUAUUGUUGAAGGUUCACCAAAUCUUAACUUGGCUUUCGUCGCACAUGUUUUCCAGCAUAGGAAUGGUCUGUCAAGCCAAACAAAACAGAUAUCAUUUCUUGAAACUAUGCCAGAUGACAGCCAAAUCUCCAGAGAAGAGCGAGCAUUCCGCUUCUGGUUAAACAGUCAGGGAAAUUCAACAUAUAUCAACAAUGUCUUUGAAGACGUUAGAGAUGGAUGGGUGCUUUUGGAGACGCUAGACAAGAUUUCCCCAGGGAUUGUCAACUGGAAGAUUGCAAACAAGCCUCCAAUUAAAAUGCCAUUCAGAAAAGUAGAAAACUGUAACCAAGUUGUAAAGAUAGGGAAACAAUUGAAAUUUUCCCUAGUAAAUAUUGCCGGAAAUGAUAUUGUGCAGGGUAACAAGAAGCUAAUACUCGCUUAUUUGUGGCAAUUGAUGCGUUGCAACAUCCUCCAAUUGCUAAGAAACUUGAGGUUCCAUUCUCAUGGGAAGGAAAUUACAGACGUUGAUAUUCUGGAAUGGGCCAACACCAAAGUCAGCAACUCAGGAAGCCAAAGUCGCAUGGAUAGCUUUAAGGAUAAAAGUUUGAAAGAUGGUAUUUUUUUCCUAGAACUACUCAGUGCAGUGCAGCCUAGAGUUGUGAAUUGGAGUCUUGUUACCAAAGGGGCAACCGAUGAAGAGAAAAAGAUGAAUGCCUCAUACAUAAUCAGCAUUGCGAGAAAGCUCGGUUGCUCAAUAUUUUUGCUGCCAGAAGACAUAACUGAGGUGAACCAAAAAAUGAUCCUUACGUUGACUGCAAGCAUAAUGUACUGGUUCUUGAAACAACCUGUUGAAGAAAGACCAUCUGGGAUUUCAGAUAGUGAGGCCUCCAGCCAGUUGGAGACCAUAUCGAAUUCAACACUCGAUGACUCUUCUUCUGAGUCAUCAAUAGACGAGAAUGGACAUCUAUAAGUAUUUUUAUAUAUAUAUAUGUAUGUAUAUGUAUGUAUUGUAUUGCUGUAGAGCUUUUGCUAAGUGCUGUCUCAAGCUCGUUUGAUUUUUUUUUCUUUUAAUUUUUUUUGUCUUACUUUGUGAAAUCAGUGUAUGACAUAGUAGGAAUUCAACUAUUUUGAAAGAAAAAUUUUGUUAAAGAAAUUAUAUUUGUGAAUA